AGAUAAUCGAAGACUUUCUGACCCCGAUAUACAAAUCGUCCCGAGAAAGGCGGAUUUGGACAGAAGCGAGCGACUUUCCCCACGCGAUCUCGCCGCAUAGACUGGCAGUAUUGUUCAUGGUAUUUGCUCUUGGAGCUCUAGUCGAUCUGACUCUUGAGCCUGACAGUGCUGAAUCCGAACAUUACUAUCACGCAAGCCGAGCUGCUCUCGCUUUAAGAUCCGUAUUUGAUUCGCCGGAGCUUGCGACCGUACAAGCAGUUCUUCUGUUUGCCUCUUAUCACACUAUCUGCGGGAAAAACUACACCUCUGAUAGCUCAUGGACUCUGAUUUCUUUAGGCUCUAAGCUCGGUCAAAGCGUGCGUGCUGUUACCUGCGUUGCUUCUCUUUUGUCACUCCGGCAUAAUCAUAGCUGGGCCUACAUAGAGAUAGUACACGAUGGAACAUGGAUCCAAAAACUGUCAAUAGACGGCGUUCACUCUUUUGGGAAAUGUUCAGUGCGGAAUUAUUUCAGAGUGUGGCACUAGGCAGGCCACCAUCGAUACGGUUGUCUUAUGUCGACUGCGAGUUCCCUGCGUUCGAAGAUCUAGGACUGGAUGAGAACGGCGAUCCGCGCAUGUCUUACUAUGAAUGGCGAU